AAGCAAAAUAAACACGUGUGCUGUCUGUGUUAAGAUAUGGGGCAUAAACUUGCCAUGUAUGUUCAUGAGGAUGUACGUGCCUUGCGUACGGGGAUACAAGAAAAAUGCAUGGACUUUUAACAAGCGAUUCUUCUCAGACAUUGGUCUUGUUUGUGUGACUGUUACAACAUUGUUGUGUGUUGUGUUCCUCCAUUACAAGCUAUCUACCUCACAUGGAACUGAAGACCAGCAGAACUUUCUUCCUACCUUGCACAGACGUAUCAGAAGUGUAGGACAGACUGAGCACUCGGGCGAUUUUAGGAAAUUUGCUACAGAAAAGUUGUUGCCUUUCUGGUUGCAACACUACUGUUAUGGACAUCAACCGAAUCAAAUAACCACAGGUCCAAUACCAGAUGGAUUCAGCUUAGAACAGGUCCACAUUCUUCUCACGCCUGGCAUUACAUCCUCAGAAAAUAUCCCAAACUGUGUCAAAGUUCCAGAGAGCAGGCAUUACUUAGCUCAAGUUCAUCAUCUGAAAAACACAGCUCUUCACAAAAUUUUUCAAAAUGUUCCCAUCACAAACAGCAGUAUUCAUUGUAAGAAGGGAGAAUUGCAUCCCUUGGCUCAUCAUCAGCUCCAUGAGUUAGGAAAACAAUACUUUUCACUGUAUAUGGAAAAAUGGAAUAUUGAAGCUAGUCAUGUUGCCCCUAAACAUUUUAGAAUUCAUUCAUUGGAUAAAAAAGACAGUUUGUCAAGUCUUAUAUCAUUUCUGCAUGGUAUGUUACCACAGAAACAUUUUAAAAAUGUAAAUAUUCAGAUGUUAGAUGCAAUCACUAAGGUGUCUAAAAGGAAGGAUAUAAAAUUAGAAUGUAAUUUUCAACCCAAUCUGACUGAUUAUCUUGAUCAACACUUUAUGAAACACACCCAAGCGGAUAGUGGAACUGGCCAUUUUUAUUCUAAUGUCCUGCCAAAUAUUUGCUCUUCAUUUUCUCAAAAAUCUAGAAAUAAAACAGCAGAAAAUAUUGUCCAGAACUCCUUACUUUUAAUGGACAAAGGAAUGAAAUCCUGCAGUGGCCAUCAUGGAUGUCAACAGCUAACAGAUCUGCAUACAUUCCCAUGGUUACAAGAGUUUUUUAAAAAUGUCCAAAUGAUAAGAGAUGUUUUUGAAAAGGUUUUCAUCUAUGCUGUUGAUAGAGCCUUUAUUUCAUACUUGAUGUCAUCAUUUAGGUAUCGCAAUGUCAAGGUCACCCACCCAGGGUCACAUGUUGCCAUAGAAAUUUACAGAAACAUUUAUGAAAAGGUUAAUCCUUACUAUGUGAAAAUAUUAUACAAUGGUAUCAAUAUUUCUCAUCAAGUUCCACUUUGCACAAAAACAUACCCAUGGAGUUUGUGUAAACUCAAGUACUUUGUUGAUUUUCAAAAGCAGAAGUACAAGUCUUUGUUUAAAUCUAGUCCCAUGGUACACAAAAGUUGUCAUUUCUCUGUAAUAUAAAUGUGUUGAUAAAUUAAUAAUAGCAAUUGCAAUAUGUUAAAUUUCAUCUUGAAAUGUAGAGAGAAUUCCAAGAUAUAUUGUAUAGUAUGGUGGGAAAUUUUAUUCCCCUCUCUCUCACUCUUGUUACUCUGUCUUUUAUGUGAAAUAAAAAGCUUGUAGCAUUUGGAAAAAAAAUAGGUUACCAAGAAUUUCAAUUUCCUGUGAAUCUUACAGUCAGUGGAGACAUGGCUUUGAUUAAUGUAUAUUGAACAAUUAUUUGUGUGAAUUAUGUGAUGUUAAAGUAUAUGGAUUUUAAAUCAUUACAGCAAGAACAAUUUUGUGGAGUUUUAGAUCUGAAAUAUAGUAGAUAUAAUGUGAUGAAAAGGUGUGCAUGGGUGUGUGGGUAGUGUCUCAUGUAGACGUAAUUUUAAUUAAAUGACCCAAUAAACAAUGUGCAUGUGUAGAAUUUUAGAUCUGAAUUAUAUGAAAAUAUUUAAGAAAUAUCGUAAAAAGAAAUAUGUUACUUCAAUGCUGUUCAUUUUUGCUCAUUAGAAACCUUUUCAUUGUAUUGGUGCAUUUGUAUUCUUAAAAUGUCUAACAUGAAUAAUCAAUGUUAAGAUGCCUAUUUCAUGUUCAUCAUUUUAAUUUACUCCAUGGUGCUUUCAGUAGACUAUUUCAGAACUUGUUCUCUGGCUAGAACCAUUCUUUAAAACAAAUAUUUGAGGGGUUCAUAGAGAUGAAAAAGUAAACCUGGCUUGGAGAAUAUUUUUUUUAAUAUUUAAGAGGUUAGAUACAAAUAAUUUUGUCAAAGAAUUCUGAAAAAAAAACAAUACUGAUUGAAAAAAGGCAAGAGAUAAGAGAAAAAGCGGAUAUCAGUUGGUUUUAUAAUAUUGGGGUAAGGGCGUUAAGGCAGGAUUCCCGACUUUGUAAGAAUGAACAAAGAGAGAUAAUUCUGAAAAAUGGUCCAUACUUUAAAUGAAUUACCUUCAAAUGCCUAAAGACUAAUCUUGACUUGUCAAAUUAAGAUCAUUUAACAGCUCUUAUUGCAACAAUUGUCGGUUUUGAAGUUAAAGCUACUGUAUCAGGGAUGUUUGUACUGACUAAAUUCAUGUUUGGGCCAAUUUGAUUGAAGUAGUUAUGUUUAUUUGAAUCAUAAUUUUAAGAAUUGAAUAUAAAAAUCAAUGUUAAAAGUAUGAAGUUCUUAUUAGUCCCUUGUAUUAAGAAAUGUACAACAGCCUUUGCUGACUGGUCAGUUUCUAGUUGGUACAAUUAUGUUAAAGACAUACUUUUAGCAAGAGUUUCUCCCUAUCGUACUAGGCACAUGCAUAUUUUGUCAUUUUCAAGAGAGAUCUAGCAAAGUGAAAGGUUCAAAAAGGUCUAGUGUUGCUUUUUUAUGUAUAUUUUGAUAGCAUUUUUACAAUGAAAUCUAUUUUUACAAUGAAUUCUAUUGAAUUCAGUAUCAGAUGUAUUAAUUCAAUGACGAAUUUAUUGUUGUUUUUUAAUUUUUCAUGUGUAUUUUAUUGUAUUUUAUUUAUUAACUAUUUUUGAUUGUCAUGAAUUCUUUUGAAUUCAAUACGAGAUGUAUUAAUUCGCAUACAAUCAUUUUCUGUUAUUCAAGUUAGUACUUACUAAAUAAUUUUGCUUCAUGCAGUCUUUCUAUUGUGUCUGGUAGUUCAGUAUCAUUAAGGUACAUGUAUACUCAGAUUUUGUCUUGAACUUAAGUGAAUUGUUAUUACUGGGAUCAGAUCUUGAGAUAGUAUUUAUGAAUGGAGAAGAUAUACAUUCUGAGGUGGAAUUUUUAAUUUCUGGGAUUUUUUUUAUUCAGAUGAGAGUGCACACUUUCUAAAGAUACAACCUGUUAGAAUGAUUGAGAAUCUUGAACAUGGGGAAUCAGAAAAACUUAUGUCUGUCAAAUUACUUCAGGAAUGAAUUAUCAACCUAUGCAUGAUACUUACAUAUUGCAGUGUUUUUAAUUAUGAAACUGCUCUAAUCGGUGAUUGUAGCACUUUCUUUUAAGAAGAUGGGCGAACAAGGUGUGCAAAAUUCCUACAUAUCUUCUAAUGUAUAAAAAAUCAAAUUCUUUUGUUGAACUAAGUAUUUGGAGCAAAGUUCUAAGAAUUGAAAGGUAUGAAAUAAUGACAAACAAUUUUUUUGUGGCAAAAAUUAUUUUAUGAUUAAAAAAUAGCAAAAGAUAUUUUGGGGUUUGAACCAAAGCAAUAAAAAUCCUAAGUAUCAGUUUUCUUUGUUGGAAACUGAUAUGCUAACCACUACACUACACAGCUCAUUACAGGUACAUGUAGCGGCACUUAAAUCUUGUUUAUAAUAUGACCUUUGAGUAACUGGACUUCAAAUAUUUCUCAUAAAGAUACAAAUUUUGUGACAUAACAGUGUAUUUGCAAGGUAGAGUGGGUCCUUACUCCAUGUUUUUAAGCAAAAAUGUAUAUUUUUAGACCUACUUUGAAGAUAUACUUUGAAAUUCAAAAAAAAAAAAUGGAGCAAAGACCCACUUACAUAGAAAAAUGAUGUUAUAGUUUGGAGAAAUGAUCAUUUUUACCCUCUUUGGUAUAUGUCUGCUAUUUCAUAGACAAAUAAUUUCAAUCUUGGUGAGAUUGUUGCAAAUUUUAGAAAAUUUACAUAAACUAUACAAUAAUGUUAACUGAAAUAACAAAGAAAAUUGUUUUCUAAUUGAAAUUUAAUUUUCACUUUCUUGUUUGUGGAACCAUAGGUUUUUUUUUUUACAGCUUAAGCUUGUUCACCCAUUUUCUUUCAAUUGAUGAAUAUAAGGCAUGAACAAAACACAGAAACAAAUGUCAUCAAAGCAACAUGUUAAUGAUAUCAUAAUAUUUGGUAUUACAACAUGUAUAACAACAUUUUCAAUCAGUUUAAUUAACCUAACAAUAAAUGCUAAUUAGUAUUGAGACUUGUGUAUUGAAUAAUUAGCCUGUGUCACAUUUUCUAAUUUAUUUUUCAUGUAUUGUACAUGCUAGUUAAAAAUUCUGUAUACCUUAAUGAUUAUGAUAAUUCGGGAUCUUGAUAUAGAUAUAAAAGAUAUGUCAUCACAAAUGUAAAGUUCUAGUGUUCAUGAUAAAAUACACACUUAGAUAAACAUUGUUUUGUUUUAUAAUAUUUUGCUAGUUUACAGGGAGACUUCAGGUAGUAUUUAUGUACUAUGCCAUUCAAUUAAAUGAAAGGUGACUGAAAGUUUACUGCAAGGUGACUGAAUGGCAGAGUUUUGUCAUAUAGCCACAUUUCCAGACCUUUCAGUGACCAUUCAGUUGACGGAAUGGUGCAGUUUCAUUCUGUGCAAUUUAUUUUGAAAUUGAUGUGGUAUAAAUGCCUAAAUAUUCAUAUAUUGUAUUCCAGAGUUAUUCUGUGUGUGAAGCUUGGUAAAGAAAAGUUUAGAAUACUUCUUUAUUAGUUCAAAUAACUCAGAAGAACCAAAUACUUCUAUGAUGCAUUUUCAUUGUUUACAUAUGCAUGCAUGAAAUACAGAAAUUGCUCAGGUUUUAGUUAUAAUGAAAUUGAUCUGCAGGCAUUUAGCUGCAUUUAAAAUUAAAAGUUAAUUUUUGACUUUAUUUUGUGUAAUUUGUGAUUAUUUAUGUACUAGUACUAAUUUAUUGUUUUCUUGGAAGUAUAUACCAGUGCUUGAUUGUAUGUCAUGAUCUGUUGUGGAGUUGAACAAAAUAAUUGUUAACUCAUCAUGAUAUACCGCAGUUAGGAUUGUUAUUUGCUUGUUUUUUUUGUUUUUUUUUUAAAAUACAGUUUAUUCAUGGUGAAAAACAUCAAAAUAAACUAUAAAAAUGG